CUGAUUGAGGAACGCGAGCGAGACGGGCGCGUGCCAACGAGUUUGAAACGCAAAGCCAGCGGUAUCUGCAGGACUCCAAGCAAAACUUCUCUGAUUCCUCCCCUGCGCGUCCACAUCCCUCACGGGUCUGCAGCCAUGUGCACCGCGAUGGACAACGUGUUCUCUGACGUCGACUGCUCGAGCUGUGACUACUCAUUCACCGGCACUGACGACGAGGACUCGCGCGCCAGCUCCCCGGCACAUGAACACGCGCUCCUGCAGCAGCCCCAACAACAGGAGCACGAGCAGCCCCAGAAGAAGAAACAGCGGCGCGGCCCUCGCGCGCGCCCCGACGGCGCUGUGCACGUGGCCAAGAAGAACCGGCGCCUGAAGGCGAACGACCGCGAGCGCAACCGCAUGCACAACCUGAACGGCGCGCUGGACGCGCUGAGGAGCGUGCUGCCCGCGCUGCCCGACGACACCAAGCUUACGAAGAUCGAGACGCUGCGCUUCGCGCACAACUACAUCUGGGCGCUGUCCGAGACCAUCCGCAUCCACGACAGAGCGCGCGGCGCCUCACCGCCCAGCCCGGGCAGCGACGCGCGCUCCUGGUCCUCCAGCGCGUGCUCGUCCGCGUCUUCCCCGCCCUACAGCGUCUCGGAGCCCGGCAGCCCGGAGGCGCCGGAGGACUAUGGCUUCGUGCAGGCGGACGUGGUUUACAGCUACCACCCCAACUUCCUCCCCUACGACUCCUACUAGUGCGCGGCGAUCCAGAAGCGCAGAGAUUCACUGUUUGCCUUACAGUUCACGCGAGAGAGACUCAUGCCUGUUUUCCUGCGUUUUUUACGUUCCCACACGAAACCUUUUUGCACUUUUUGUUUUUGUUUUGUUUCUGUUUCCCCCUUUUUUCCAGCUUUUUACGCGUUGCAGCCUCUCACUUUUUCAUCCGCGAGAGGAGACAGAGCCUCUUCAGCCGCGCACGGGGUGAAAAGUCAAUUUUACAAUUAGCAGCGCGCCGGAGCAGAACAGCCAGCGUGAAAAUGCCGUUUCAUCGCAGUGACAAUAGAAAAGAGGGAGCGAGGAGCAAAAGAGGAGCUACGAGAGAAGCAGGGCCAGUGUGGCCUUCUGUACCCCCAAAACUGGUCCACCACGAGCCCCGUGCAUCCGAGGGAACCGUUACUACUCUUACUGCAUUGUUUUUCUUUUAUUUAUUCAACUUGU